GGUUGCGGUCUGUCAAAAUUUUUCUCGCCGCACGCACCCGCUGCCGAAAUGGUCGAAAUACUCGGCGCGUCUUCAUUUUGAACUUUGCUCCAACGUUCGCACACCUCGAUGCCGUCGCCUUCGUCGCGCAGUCUCCGAGAGGCGCUCGGAAACCGCCAUGAACCGCGGAAGCGGCGCCGGUAAUGGCUCCGCACGAAGCUGGCUUCGUGACUCCGGUGUCUUCUUGCUCCAAGGAUGUCAUCACUACUGUUUGAGCCAAGCGAAGGGCGUUGCGGCAGCUGCACGCCGCCGCCUUCGUCACAGCAGAGCCACGGCUACCACCUGGCGGGGGGGCCGCAGGGUGGGGCAUCGCGCGUGCCGCCCUUUGCCCCGCAGCCCCACACGGGGGGUCAGCCUGGAGGAAUGCGCUCGCUGUCGGUCACGUCGGCUCACGUGCAACAGCAGCAGUCGCAGCAACAGCCAGUGUCGACAGUCACGUGCAACGCGCACGAAGUGUGCCACUACUUUCAACAGGUAUUCUACGUGUCAGCCAUCCUCACCGGCAUCGCAUUAGUCAUUGCCGGCGCCAUCCAGACUGGAGCGCCAGACGCCUCGCUGAACUCCGAGCAGCCCCCAAUGGGACCUGCAAUCGGCGAGCCGCCAGACGGUGCAGUCGCCAGCGGCGACCUGCUUGUGUUUGUUUACAUCGGUGUGCUACUCAUCGGCGUCAACGUCUCGCUGCUCCUUCUGCAGUGCUACAUGCGUAGCAAGGAGCUGCGGCGAGCUCGGCGGUCAGCAAUGAUGCAGCCGCCUUCAAUUCCGCCCGCCACAGUGCACUACAAUCCCCUCGUGUCUGUCGGCCCCCCGAGACAGGUGACCAUGCCCUGCGCUGUGGACAUCGUGUCUGGCGUACACAGGCAGCAGCCGCAGGUGCCGUCGCCGGGAAAAGCCCAGCGGCGCGGUUAUGGCCCAGCGUCGGUCCACAGCGUCGCAACGGUGCCUGCCAUGCCCAGCACCCAGCCCCACUGGCUGCUCGCGCCAGGCUCCCGGGCGGCCACGGUCGCUGCCAGCCAGCCACCUCCGAGCUACGACAACCUCCUGAUAGUCGGUCACACACCGCGCGAAGUCGCCACGCUUCACCUCAUCUAGUCACUUUUUGGCACGCCUCACUUUGGUCAGCGUGUCUUGGCUCAACACUAGGCCUCUGCCUCUGCAUUUAAUUCUGUUCGAGAAGGGUGCACAUCCAUAGACAUGCUUUUAGGUAAUGCAGCAGGACAGUGACAGAAAAGAGAACUGGCAAGGGAUGUCCUGCUUUUAGGAAGGACAUAGCUGCUUUCAGACAGUGUGACAAGACAAGGACAUAAACAAAGGGAACUGACAGGACAUGUUCUGUCAGGAUGUAAGCUGCUAUUACAUAGAGCGGCAAGGCAAGGACAUAAAAGGAGAGAACUGACAGGACAAGUUCUGUCAGUCUCAUCCUCGUUUUGUCCUUGCCUUGUCGUGCUCACCGAAAUCAGCUAUGUCUUAUGUAGAAGCAGGGCAUGUCCUGUCAGAACAUAACUGCUCUUAUGCAGCACAACAAGACAAGUAUGAAAGUGACAGGACAUGUCCUGUCAUCACAGGAGGGAACUGACAGGAUAUGUCCUGUUAGUUCUUUCCUUCUUUAUCCUUGUCACGCUGCCCGCAUGCCGCCAUAAAUCCACUCCUGCUCGCCCACCUCUCUGUCCUUUUGUAGGGUGCACAUCAGUCAUGCUUUUGUCGAAUGUCUCCCUUCUCGAAAUAGCCUCGAGAAGGAGUCUCAUAGGGAGUAAGGAACUUCUUGCAGUCGAGCUUUCUACUAUAGUGCGCUCAACUUUUAUUAAUGCCACUCAUAACGACCACCAUUCAUAACAAUGAGCACACAUCAGUCCCAUUUUUGACGUGUUCAAGUUCUUGAAACAAUCAAAAUUUUUUUUUAACAUCAUAGGCAACGAGUGGAAAUUUACCACAUCCUGUUGUGUUUGCUACUGUGGUGUGGUUUACUUUAAACAAUAGCACUUAUAGUGACAACCCGCAUGAUGAUCGACAUACAUGCAUCCGAGUUCUUGAAACAGCCUAAAAGGAAGAACAGAUGUCCUUGUCAAGGGGUGGAAUUUGACUGCAUUACCUCACAGCUUUUAAGCUUUCUGCCUUCAUGUGGUCAACUUACGAUAAUAGCUCUUAUAGCGAUUACUGCUUGUAUCAAUAGGCAUUUUUUACUGCAUUAUGCAUUGAAGUUUUGUAAGGUCGGCCUAGAUACAAUGCUGUACACCGAGAACGAUCAAAUUUUUAUAUCUUUUUUAUAGUUGUUAUCAGUAUACUGCUCCAUAUUUACAGUCCAGCAAAGAAUUGCUAAAGUUGACUUAGUUCAGCUUAGUUAUUGUCUCUGACAUUAUAUCUUUUGUGUUCAUCACAUUGUACACCCUGUUACAUGCCAGCGUUUGCCCCCACUAGGUUGUCCUACACUCUGUCCUACACUCUGUUUUAUAUGUAGCAAGCAAUGCUACAAAGAUUAGGAUAACGAAGUUGAAGGGGGAGCCAGAAUUAUUUCAUUGUAUUAAUUACUUCUUUAUAAGCAUUAUUGCUUCUACUGCACUAUGAAUCUCUAUGACGAUUUUAGAGGGAAUUUCACUUCCUAAUAUUCAUUAUUUCGUUAUAUCCUGUUAAGUUAUAAUGAGGUUUGACUGUACUCUAUAGGGAUGUGCAAAUACAUUUAACCAUAGAUAAAACAAACUUCAAUAUAAUGAAAUCCUCAAUAUAACGAAGUAUUUCACUUUUCAUGAUGUCAUUUGCAUGAAGCACCAUGUAUCUUUAACCUCAAUAUAGCAAAGCGUGACGAUUUUAAUAUGACGAAAUUUCACUGCUGCCAUAGAGGCAAUAAUUUGGCAUGCCGCCUUAUGCAACAGAAUUGGAACUGGAUCAAGAAUGCAGGAGUGGCUCAAAGCGAGAAGAUAUGGUUACUGAGCAGUGUUGCUCUCAGAGUUGUGAGGUCUUUUUUGUGAGGUCCCCUCUGUUUUCUGCUUGCAUUCUGUUCUGGUGGGAAAGUCUUGCUUGCUAGUCCUACGUAAGCAGUCUCUGGAGACUGCGUUUCUGUCAGUCAGAAAAGCACCUAGCUUUGUCUAGUCAGCAUCUUGCAGGAAGCUUUCAUCAGGAGGAAGCUUUAGCUCAGCCGCUCCUGUUUAAAUGCAUGCGAACGGAGGAAUCAUUUUUCUCGGCAACCACUGCACCGAUUUUGAUGGGGUGCAUCGAAUUCAAAAGGAAAAGUUGCAAUCUGUUGACUUUGGGAAUUAGAUUUUUUAUUUAGGCCAUCAAUUUUUGUACGAAAAUCGGUUUUAAUUAGAAAAUUUAUAAAAACUCGAGUGUCAAGUUUACAGACCUGUACUCGGCUAUAAAAAACAAUACCAUUAUUCCGUAGGGUGCAUCGAAUAAUACAUCUGAAGUGGACAAAAUUGAUGUAUUCAUCGAUUUGAAACAUACCACUUAUUUGUGAGUAUGACUUUUCCAAAACAUUUUGAAAACAUUAUAACAAAUUCGCAUAAGUUAUAAACUUAUGUAUGAAACUUGUCCACUUGAGAUGAUGCUCUAACUGGUGCAGUUUACAGAACUGCGAUAGCCGUGUUGGGGUGCUGAGUUACAGAUAUGUAAACUCCGUGCUUCUAUUUAUUUAAACUUGCUGGCUUUUGGCAACCUUUAUUUUUUUUUAUUCGAGAUCCCAAAUCAAAAUUUUGCUUCCUAGAGUCACUAGAAUUUCACUUUCCCUCUCAAAUGCCACAAAUUUCAUUCAAAUCAGUCCAGGAGUUGUCUCAUAAAAACAUUGUGUUUUAUAUGUAUUUCAGUAAACAGCGUCAAAGUUGGCCCCAAGCUAAAGCUUUCUCUCAGUCAUGUCGAGGCUAGCUGGAAUCACACCAGCAUCAAGUGGUGCCACUUAUUUAUUAAGAGACAGGGCGAGAGGCAAAGCAAACACCUACAAGCGAGUGCUUGGUUUAGUUCAGUAAGUUUCAAGAUAGUAAGAAAAUACAUUAUGGUGAAGCAGCGCAGACAAUGAGACAGGUGAAAAAGGGCAGGACAGUCCAUUGUCAGGGCACUGCCCGUCCCUUUUCACCCAUCCCAUUGCCUGGGACACGAAAACCGGCAAAACAGCGCCCUGUCCUGUCCAUUUGUCUGUUGUCACAGCACUGUCCUGUCCCUUUUCACCCAUGCCAUCAUCUGUGACAUGAAAACAGACAGGGCAGUUCCCUGUCCUGUCCAUUUAUCCGUUUUCAAUGCUCUGUCCUGUCCCUUUUCACCCAUCCCACCGUCUGCAACAUAAAAACGGACAGGACAGCGCCCUGUCCUGUCUGUAUAUCCAUUGUCAAUCCACUGUCCUGUCCCUUUUCACCCAUACCAUCACCUGUGACAGGAAAACGGACAGGACAGUGCCCUGUCCUGUCAAUUUGUACAUUGUCGGUGCACUGUCCUGUUCCUUUUCACCCGCCCUAUUCUCUGCAACAUCAAAAUGGACAGGACAGCACCCUGUUCAUUGUCAGUACUGUCCUGUCCUUUUUCACCCAUCCCAUCGUCUGCGCUGUUUCGCCGUAAUUUAUGUAAACCAACUAGUCCAGAAAAUACACGCUGAGGAGACACUUACUGCUUGUGUGCAGUCAAAUUCAGAAGUUUAUGGGUUGGAAAGGCUAGGCUGAAUAUUUCUGCAGCCUGGUAUUUCAUUUCCAGUCUGUACUACGGUCAAACCUCUAUUUGACAAGGUGCUUAGAUGGGCAGGUUCAUAGAGCUUAAUGCGUUGAAAACCUCUAAGCAUUCAGAGUGAACUCAAUAUCUCACCAAGUCAAUGGAAGUAUUGUGGGGUAAAUACGCAGAAAAAAACAAGUCACAGUAGAUCUUUUGUGUUCCGAGUGCUUCGAAAAUUGUUCACUUAUUGCUAUGGUAAACAAGUUACCAGGGCAAUUUGAACAGAUCAUCACCUGAACUGAAGAGCAGUUCUCGUGAUGCUGGCAAAUUGCUCCAGUGGUAUAUACUGUUCAAUUAUGACCAAUUUAGCCAAAAUUAAAUUCUAUUUCAGCUGGCCUUUGAGUGUUUUUGAUUUAACAAAGUUUUCAAUUCCAAGAGAUAAUUCUUUGGUCUCACUGACUUCGUUUAAUCAAGGUUUAACUGUAGUAUAUCUGAUUGUUGUGUUGUGUGUGGUUUUACUGUCUACGGUCAUAAACUGCUCGGAAACUCAACAUUUUUCUAAAAUCCAGCAGUCCACAAACUUUUGACAUUAACUGUACAUUGGUUUCAUCCGUCCCGUCCCAUGAUUAUGAUUUACUGCCUACAGCUUGACGACAACGUGACGUCGUCGUAGGACGCUCGGUCAUCUUAGUGGGAGUCCAGCAGGUUGCAAAAAUAAAAUGGCCAACAUGUGUCAUUUGCUGCUUUGCAGCCCUUGCAGGGCUGACGUGCAAUAAAAUAUUUUCGUGACUUUCUACCGACAUCGAGGGAGCUUGUGCGGUGAGUGCUGUCGUAGCCUUUUGGUUGCGCAACUUUCUUCCACGAUAGAUGCUCACCCACGCCGACGAGACACGUAGAACUCGCUUCUUUCGGUUGGGCCUCUAAACCCUACUUUGAGUUCUUUGCUGUGACCUGGUGACUGGGCGGCCCCUCCUGCUUGGUGUGGAUCACUCAUCUCUACGUCAUUUUCUUCGUGAUAUGUCCUUUUUUUUUGUCUGUGCUGAGACGUAAUAAUCUGAACCUUUCUUUACUGGAUGAAUUCAGCUCACACGCUCAAGGGGCAGUUGUUUUCCUGUUAAUGUUUUGUUCCAGGUGCUGGUGGUAUAUUUAUUUGAUGUGUUCAACAAUGUCGAAUUCUGUACCUGAAUGCUGAUUUUAUUUUUAUGCAGUGCAUUGAAUGUGCAACGUCGAUGCAGCUUUCUUGGUGCAUUCAAUGAGGAGGUGCUUCAUUUAUAUUUGCUGUGCUGUGUUUCCGCUAGCAGACUUCUACCGUUCCCUCCCUUGCAUCUAGUCUUUCAGUGUUUCUGUUUUUUUUUUGUUUUUUUUCAGUUGGCCACGAAAGCUUACGGGACACAGGAUUUGCAAAAAUACUUAUCCCGUGAACAGUAAGGGCACAGCCACAAAUUAAAUGUUUCAGUCUGUAGCAGACUUCGAGGCCUACGCAGCGACGUGUAAACUUCUUUUUCCAUGCCUUGAGGCAUAGAAAUGAAACCAUAAAGAUGAAUGUAACCCCACAUCAUCCGGGAAGUCCAGUAAAACUGUGAUUGCCAUCAUCUUAAUUCCUCUUGCUGAAGUCAGCAUGCCGGUCACUGCUGAAGCCAGUCCGUCUGAGCAGGAGCUCCGAUGUGUCGUGUGCCGGGGCAGGUGCACUGGAGAUGGUGCAUUUCGACAUCUCGCGCCAGAGUCGUAAAGUUGCAGCAGAUGGCAUGGUCCUCGGGGCAGGCGGCAGAAUGGGUGAGGGCCGUCCCAACCUACAUCCUCCUCGGGAAAACUCCCUCCAGCCUUGUGAAUUUGCUGAGCAGGACUCAUUAAAUUUGUCGCGCCACGCCUUACCAGGGCAGAAAUUCACAUUUGUCGUGGACCCCGUGCACCGUGAGCUUUUGUGGGUCACUUCACAUUCGUUGCUGUUGUACAUACGUUUUAUCACUUGCAUAAUGCGUUUCCUGGUCAGGGCAAUUCUCUUACGUGGAGUAUGCCACUUUUAGUCACUGUAUGGUCCGAGAUUGCUGAUUGUUGAACGAGCAGUGAGCUUUUUUUUGCUUUAUUUCAAAUUUUAUGAAAAGAAAUUCCGCUAUUGUAUAACUGCGCAGGCAAGCUCUCCCUCUCUCUCCCUGCUUCUGUGUUGCAAAGCCUUCAGAAAGAGCUUGGCCCACGCGUUCAUUGCGACACUAUGUGCACAUGCCAACGAAAACAACUUAUCUAGUGUUUGUGUGUGUGUGCGUGCGUGAAUGCACAUAACCCUGAAAACGAGCUUUGUCACGGCGCUCGCAGCGUCUGUGGCGACCACGGCGACAUGCCUCUGAAAGUCAGUGCUGCACCACGAGAAGAUGUCGCACGGUUUUGCUCAAAUGACAGCUUUACGGGAUGGUCAUUUGUUCUGGAGAGGCCAUUAAAUAGUUCUAGCUUUCUCCGUAAUUGUAGUCGAGUUUACAGAAUACCGAAACACCGGAGACAUCGAUGUCACACAGUUGUGCUGGUGGGGCCAUCUUGUGGAACAGGCGUGAACCAUGGCAUGGAGAGCUUUAUUUGCGACAACCAUGGGCAAAGUUCCUUUUGGUGCGAACACAUCAGUGUACGCUGGAUUUAUAUUUUGCUUUUCCCUACUGCAAGGACAGUGACAAAGCAAAAAAAAAAAAACUUUUUAGCACUUUCUGGUUGAAGUAAACCUCACGAGAUGACAAUGCCAACAUUACUCCUGCCAUUGGCGCCCUCUACGUCCCAGUAUCCCGUAAACUGAUGGGCAUUUAUGGAACAGGUUAGAAUGUUUCUCUCUGUUCACAUAUUUGGCUUCCAAGGAGUGCUGGAGAAACCAGAUUUGUCAAGCAAUUGCCUCGCUACGUGCAGUCUUCGACAAAUGAAACAGGCCAAUUUCAGAGCAUGCCCUUCCAUAUAUUCUGCACCAUUUCGGUGCACUUGUGUUGGGCAAGGUUAAAUACUUGCAAAUUUCACAAACGACUCCACGCGUUUCACUUUACUCUCGGGGAACUGCUUCUCUUGGCGCAAUCACGCCGUGUAAGACAUGGUGAAGGCUGUGCGUUAAACUUUUAAAAUUAAAUAAGCAUUCACCAGGAUAAGAUGGGCGGAACACCACAAGAUUAGAUAGCCUCAAGAUGCAGUUAUCUCAAAGAUCAAGUACCUGUGGUAGCCGAAGUGAAUUUACUCGUCAUCCUGAAGAAUGACACAAUGCUGCAGUGCUUGUCCCUCUGCUUUGACAACUUUUUGCAGACAACAUAUCUGGCUGCAGCAGAUAUCAGCAAAUGGGAUGCGAGCGAAAUAUACAAAGCUGAAAAGCUGUAUGAAGGUUGGAUAGCCUUAAGAUGUCUUUAUUUUGAUGGUCAGAGUCCUUGCCCAACAUAUCUGAGGCAUCCAAAUAUUUAUCUAUUCAAGUACUGUCAGAGCUCUGAGCUAUUACAGAGAGGAGUGGGAAUGUCAACCCCCCAAAAAGUGUGUGAUCGAGUACAUUUCGUCACAAGUGUUCUUCAACUGCAGAUUUGAACAACGAAGGUACCGCGAUGGAGAUGGUGGAGGUAUGCAGGCGAUUCCGGUCAACACUGGUUUUGGGGACAAAGGGAGUCGCAGAAUCACUUGGUACGACAAUUCGGCAUACCCACUUUGAGGUGGCGCUCUACACACAACACUCAAUGAUACACAAUGAGUGAUGCAAAAAAUAGGAAUUGCUUUAAACAUAGUCAUCUUGAAGAACAGUGUAGUUUUUCUGUUCACUAUUUGUCGGUAACUUCCUCCAAGCAAUGUAUAUAAAGGCAAACCUGUGAGCAAACGGAAUGUACCAAAACUUGAGCAGCAGCGGUUCGUGAAUUCUACCUCAAUUGGGUUCAUUGCAUGCCAGCAACUUUAGCUAUCCAUUCUUUAGAUAUGGCACAGUACCGUGCCAUUGUGGGAACUAUGGAGCCAGCCGUGCCACAUUUUCUUGUUUUGCAGCACGAAGAAAUUGUUGCAGUGCGUUUCUCUCCUAUAUACACACACCCCUGUUGAGUUUGUGAUGGAUUUCCACGUAAAAAAGAAAAUCAACUGUUAUUUAUUGCUGCCAUAUUCGUCAUUUUCUUGUACAAACAUAUCAUUGUUUCAUUGUGUCCACGGUAUGUGAACUGGUGUACGUCUUGUUGCUAGCCAAAACCAGGGGAAUCCAUUUUUGGCCCUCCCCAUCUACGUACCACUUUAUGAUAUGCGUGCUGAGUGUGUCCGUGUAUUUCCAUUUCAUAUUGUUGGAGCAUUUGUUUAUAAACAUGUCCUACUCAAA